CACGUAUUCUAGCUCAGCAACAUUGAAAUUGCAGUUCACGUGAUCGACAUACUUCCGCUGGGAGAGAACAAACACCUUAUCGGUGUUGGCUUCAGAUAAAUAUUAAGUGGACUUCCCUUUGAAGGUCGAAGUCGUGGACGGAUAUCACUGUUCAAGCAUUUUUAGUUUUCGUCGUUUGUUAUCGUAGUCUACCACUUCUGACUGUUACUCCAUUUUAUGAGGCAUUUCAUUUUGUUUCCAAGUUUUGCUGUAAACAAAUUCUAAAACAUUUGCCGAGAGUUUCGCAAUGGAUAAAGAGGGUGAAAUUCUACUGAAACCCGGUCAACAGAUUAAGCCAUACGUUCCAAAUGAGGUUGUUCAUCAGCUGGCCCACAAUUUGUACAAUCUCGAAGUGGUUACCAUCAAAGAAUUGAACAGCUAUGACGAUAAAAAUUUCCACAUUACGGUUAAAGAUAACAGCCACUUGCCUGAUGUCAAUGAUGCAUGUCCGUUCGGCUAUGUCAUGAAAGUACUGAAUUCUCUUGAUUCCCGAGCGCACAAUCUCAUCGAUGCACAGAACGAAAUGAUGCUUUACUUGGGUAACAAAGGACUGCCAUGUCCGAAGCCCGUGAAAAAUGUUCACGGGAAAAGCAUGUCGCUGGAAAACCUGAAAAUUCAGAUAAGCGAACCGUUAGAUGUUGCUGCUGCCAAGGAUCACCCCACUGGCCAGUAUAUUGUGCGGCUGUUGUCCUUCGUCCCUGGGAAAAUUCUGCAUAGUGUUCCAUACACGAAAGAACUGUUCUUUCAAGUUGGAGAAUUGGUCGCCAAAACAGAUCUCGCCUUGGCGGGAUUUAAACAUGAUGGAAUCAAAGGGGUUGACCGUAUUUGGAAUUUAAACGCAGUUCCAAAACUUACCGACUUUGUUUAUGCGAUCGAAGACGAGCAGAAACGUUCGCUGUCAGUUGCAGUUAUUGAUAAUUUCAAAUCCAACGUUCUGCCUCUUUUGGAACCUCUUGAAAGGGGUCCAAUUCACGGGGACUUCAAUGAACAGAACAUUUUAGUGACGGAAGAGGAAGGCCAGCCAGGAAAAUUUUAUUUAUCCGGAAUCCUGGAUUUUGGAGAUGUUCACAUCAACUUCUACCUUUUUGAACUAGCCAUUGCUAUUUGUUACAUGAUGAUCGAAUGUCAAUCCAUGAACAUAUUGGAUGCACCUGGUCACGUCUUGGCCGGUUACAAUCGAUUUCGGCUCAUUCCUGAAAACGAAUUCACCUUGUUAAAGGACUGUAUUGCAGCCAGAUUAAGUCAAUCCCUUGUUUUGGGUGCUUAUUCUUAUUCACAAAACCCGGAUCCCUAUCUGUUAACUACGUCUCAAAGAGGUUGGCAAUGCCUCAAGAUGCUUUGGGAUUGUCCAAAAGAUGAGUUAAACAAACGCUGGCGAGACAUCAUGAAUAGUUAUGUAAACUGCUGAUUAACCUUAGCUAUCCUGUGUUCUUUUCGAACAAAUAAAUAAGUAAAUAGAAA